AUGACCGACACAUUCACCAUCACUGUGGAUAUCCCUCAACUCGGACCUAUAGAAGUAGAGUUACCGACGGGAAGUACAGCUCAAGAUGCAAUUGAUUUAGCCUUUUUGGAAGCGGAAGAGCGAUACGGAGAGGACAGGCUUGUGGAAGCUCUGCAGGACGAAGAGGAGAACGAGUUAUCAUUGGGAGGUGAACAUACAGGCGAUGAAUGGAGAUUGAAGGAGAGGAGGGAAAGGGAGACUGGUAAAUGGUGGGAUGAAGAAGAGAUCUUGAAUUAUCGAGAUGGUUUGCUGGAGCCCGAAGAUGUAUUGAUACACUCUAGAAGGACGUAUAAUCUAAUCAAACCUCAUACUCCUAUCCAUGCAAUAUCUCUCACUCUACCCACUACCACUUCAACGAUUCCUCUCCUCACUUCUGUGCUUGUCCACCAAACCACCUCUUACCUUGAUAUCGUAUCCACCUUAGAACAUGAGCUCGGCCUACCAAAGACCAGUGAUGAUCUACUGGGACCUUUAUCUACUCGACAGACGACCAGCCGUUCAAGAUCAAGCUCGCUAGUCGACCCUGCAGAGACCCGACAAGGGACUGUAGAUAAUGUACGAUGGAAAUUAGCUGUCGGAGAGCGGACUUUGGAUCCCAAAGAUCAUGUGUUGAGCGUAAUUCGGGAGCGAGGGGUAGAUCAGAUCCAGAUGAGCCUGGACGACAAUUGGCUGUUUGAGAAGCGAAAGGAUAUAGAUGAAAAGCGAGAGAAUGCUUCAAUAGAGGUUGGGUUUGAAACACCGAAAUCGACCUUGAAAGCAUCAACUUCUCAGCCUCACGGACUCGAUGCAUCAACCUUAUCUAAGAAACCUCAACGUGCGCCGAGUAACAGCUUGUCCGAGCUAUUCUCGACUUCUACCCCUCAGCCGUCUUCCUCAGCGACUUCUGAUAUCGACGGACUACCCAACGGCAGCUCCCGAGACCAUCGCGAAGGGGAUACUGCAGAGCUUUAUCGAGUAAAGAGCAGAGAUGGGAAAGUUUUGCAUAUAUCUCGGCCUUUGGCUAUAAUUGAGGGAACUCGAGCGCUAGCUGAAGAUAGGAGAAGCAGUCUCGAUCCGCCUAUAAACAGUAAUGGCGAAGUCGAGGUGGAAAAAGAGAUCAAUUCUGACAGCUGGGAGCACCUAUUAGGCGAUGUCAACAUGCACGGAGACAAGCGAGAAGCCAUGUCAUCGCUCUCGCAAUCUCGCAAAGCGUACCUCCUUGCUCAACAUCAUCAAGGUACACCUUCUAUACCUUCCUCUCCUCCACCCGUUCAAGCCAUCUCCCCACCUAAAGCAACAACCUUCAUAUCUCUUUCAACCGGUACAAGUGCCGGAAUCUCUCGUCUUUUACCGCAACUCACUGGUUCGCCGUCAGGUGGAACAGGCUCUACACCUACUACGCCUACCAGAGGCAAGGAAGGAGGUUGGAAAAGGUUCUCCCUCGUUGGACUGGGUGUAUGGAAUAGUGAAAAUGGCUCACAAAGCGAUGAUCAUCUCAGUACGCCUCUGGCAGCCGGCGAGGAAGAUGUCACUACCCCUAGAGCGGAGCCAAGUGCAGCCGAGAAAGCUCUAGGAGAAGUAAGCGAAAUAAGGCCCAUGGAAAAGCAGGUGACAGGUGGACUGUGGUCGUGGUGGACUGGAGCCAACAAAGCGGAGGAGGGCACUCCUGCCGGGUACAUCGAAACUCUCAAACACUCGAGGAAAAACCCCCAAUUACUACUCAAGCAUCUUCUGUCGCUUCGAGUUACUCUAUCUACCGUCAAGUUAUCCUGGAUCAACGAUUUCAUCUUACUCGAUGGUCUGACAGCCAUAUCCAGUUUAUUAGAGAAGGUCGCUAGAGAACCUAGACAAAAAGGUGAUAUUGGAGAACAAAUCAUAACGGAAAUAGGGAAAUCAUUGAGGAUUCUGUUGAAUACCGAUGUCGGAUUUAACGCUACUCUGUGCCAUCAAACUCUGCUUAACAAUACCGUCUUAUCCCUCAGAACGCCCUCUUAUCGGAUUAAAAAUCAGAUACUUGAUCUGCUUACUGCGACGGUCACACUUUCCCCGGACAAGGGGUCAAGCCUUGUUUUAAAUGCACUGUCGGAAUCGAAGCUGGUGAACCAAGACAAGUAUCGCUUCUCUUGGUUUGUCGAAAGUGUACAGCCCGUUCAAGACGAAGAAGAGUAUCAAGGUGUGUGGGGAUGGCGUACCGGUGUAGUAGCGCUGUGCAGCGCAUUAUGCAAUGCCAGUGAAGAGGUCGAGGAGCGACUUGAACUGAGAGGCGAGUUGAAAAGACGUGGAUUUGUGAAGACGCUUCAAGAUCUGGAGAUGUGCGAACCACCUUCAAAUUUCUUGAACCAGUGUACGCAUUAUCUGGAUGGUCAAGAGGACGAUCUAAUGGAAUUCAGAGAACUAUUCCUUGGUGAAGUCCAAAACGCUGAUUUGGCAGUAGCUAUCGGCAGACUAUUGAGUACAGUGGGCGGGGACCAAGUGAAAGGAUUGGUAGAGGUAAUUGAGGAAUUGGCAGAGAUCGCAAGCACCUCAUCAAUAAGGGAUAUGGUCGGUUCCAUUUUAUCCUGUUUUGCUGGACGUCUUUCUAGACUUGAUGAUCUAUCGGUAGAUUGGUCUGUCCUACUGCGUUCGUUUCUUGUCGAUCUGAACGACAUAUUGCCUUCUCGAGGAGAAGGCUCAAAUGGCAUUUCUGAAGGAGUUUUAAUCGAAUCGUUCGUCAGGGAAGUACAUGCUUUACAGUCUCAAGUGAAAAUCCUGGAAGAUAGGAAUCAACUUCUCGAAAAACAGGUAGAAGGGCAAUCCGCGAAAUUGAUGGUGCUGAAAGAGCUAAAUGGUGAGAAGUAUGAUGGAGAGGGCGUGGUGCACCAUCUGGUGGUGAAAGAAAAGGAAAUUCAGAGGCUACAAGUUGAAUUCCAAGCUUUGAAAGAACAAAUCGGUCCCCAAAAAGAUUUCGGAGUGACUAAUGAAAUGCGAGAUAGGGAAAGGUUGAGAUUCGAUGCUCUUAUGGAGGAAGUGAGCGAUCUUAGGAAGAAGGUUCAUACUGGAGAUGAGGCUCUUCUUGAAAAGCAGAAAGAAGUGGGUUGUCUUGAACGAGCUAUCGAAACUGUACAAUCUCGCUUUAAGAUUCAGACUCGACACCGGGACGAGGACGCGCAAUCCAAGGUCAAAUUCGAUGCAGAUUUUAUCGUGAAUGAGGCGGUCAAGAAUUGGAACCAGCAGGAAGAGAUGAUUGAAAAUCUGAGAAAGGAAGUGGAGCUGCUCAACAAUUCAAAGGAAAGACUGAAAGAGUCGAAGAUCCCAAUCUCGGAUAAGAAGAUUAUCAAUUCCUCACCUGCUAUCAAAUCUCCUAGUCCACCACCACCCCCUCCUCCACCACCACCUCCUCCGCCUCCCCUACCAGCUGCUGCAUUACCAAUAUCGGCGUCGAUACCUCUUCUGAACCUUUUGCGGUCCAAAGCACCCGCAGCUGCACUACCCUCGGCCCCGUCCCCUCCUCCACCUCAUAUGCCUUCCUCGACUACUGUUGCUCCCCCGCCCUCACCUCCGCCUCCACCACCUCCGCCUCCUCCUCCUUUGGCAUCCCUCAACUCAACUAACAACAUGCCUCCUCCCCUUCCACCACCCUUGCCAUCCUCUAAGGCUCCGAUGCCUCCUCCUCCGCUUCCGGCCGGUGCUGCUCCCUCAAGAGGGUUCAAGCAACCCGCUGAUGCUAUCUCUUCACAACCGAAACUAAAACCGUUCUUCUGGUCCAAAAUGCCUGCAUAUGCAGUAAAAGACACCAUUUGGACGUCUCUUCCCGGAUCGGAUGGUUUUGAUCUAGAUUUCCAAGAUCUCAACGAGGUAUUUUCAGUCGACAGUGGUGCGAAGAAGCUGAAUAAAGGGAAAGGGAAGGCUAAAGAGGUAGUAACGGUCCUGGACAUCACGCGGUCAAAUAAUAUAGGAAUUAUGUUGACGCGUUUACGGUUGUCUCCAUCCAAGAUACGAAGAGCUAUCAUAGAAGUGGAUGAUGAUCUGCUGGAUAUGGAUGAUCUUGCGACAUUGUGUCGGAUGCUGCCUACUGCCGAAGAGGUCGAGAAGAUCCGAUCGUUUUCCGGAGAUAUAUCGAAACUCUCCAAACCUGAUCUAUACUUGAAAGAGAUAUCUUCCAUACCGAAUUUGAAGGUCCGACUUGAAAUAAUGGUCUUCAGAAGGAAAUUUGAGAUGAUGUUGAAUGAAAUUAUGCCUGACUUGAUGAUACUCAAAAAUGUAGUAAAGGAGCUGAGAGGAAGUAAAAGGCUGAGAGAGGUUCUCAAGGUGGUCUUGGCUUUGGGGAACAGAUUGAAUGGUGGAACGUUUAGAGGUAACGCAGCGGGAUUUCAGCUCGAAGCGUUGUUGAAGAUGAAAGAUAUUCGCACGGCUAAGGGUUCAGGUUGUCCGACAAUGUUACAUUACAUGGCCAAGAUCCUACUGAGAAAGAACUCGGAUCUGGUGAUAUGGGGCGAGGAUGCUCCGGCUUUGGAACCAGCAGCGAGAAUCGUUAUAUCAGAAGUCACCUCGUCCAUCAACGAGAUCUCAUCAUCUCUUGAGGCAGCGCAAUCGUUCCUUCCUUUGCUUUCUGCUCAAGACAAUCUUCAUGUCAUUCUCAAAUCAUUCCUAUCAGAAUCGAGUCCAAAAGUGACUCAACUCAAACUCACAUAUGAAGAAAUUCGAACAGAUCUCAUUGGCUUAUUGAGAUACUUUGGUGAAAAAUCAGAAUCUGAAAACGAUGUUGAGCGUCUGUUCGGUCUGUUAUCUAGCUUCUCAAGUAGUUUGGAAAUCGCUUCUAACGAAAUGAGCAUCACGAUGUUGAAAGAGCAAAAUACCGGUACGAGCGUGUCUACCACCGUCUCACAUGCUUCUACUUCUACUUCGGUAUCGACGUCAUCUCUUGCUCCAUCUCCACCUCCUAAGAUGAGACAGCCUUCGAUAGAUACCAUAUUGAAACGUCACGAGAGAUUGGGAAGUACGAUAAAAAAUGGACAGGUUGACGAAGCGAUCAGGACUUUACAUUCUGGUAAGACCCUAAGAAAAGAACGGAGACAAGGAAAUAUGUCGACUUGGGGUACUUUGGCUGUACGAACGGGGACGUUAGGAAGGAAGAAAAAUCAAGGAUCGGAUGAUAGAGUGAGAUUGAGUAAGAUGUUCUUGGAUGGUGGGGUGGGUGGCAGUGUCAAGGGAACUGUUGGGAGUAGAUCGAUUAGAGGGUGA